AUGAACGACAGGACGAUCUGCCUCGUGGUGGGCAUCUUCUCUGUCCUCAACACCAUCCAGUUCCUCAUCUUUGACCUGAACCACAUUACAGCUGUUGGCUACGAGGACCAAGUCAACAUCUAUAUGGAAACCAAAUCUGAGGUAGUGUCUUGGAUGAUGACCCACAAGAAGAGCAUCAGCGUUGUCUUAUCCACCAUCACCAUCAUGUUCAGCCUGUUGCUUCUCUACAGCAUCCGCUGGAACAAGUACAUGGGGCUGCUGUGCUACGGCAUGUGGGUCAUCACCUAUGAGCUCAUCAGUUUCUCCAUGGUCGUGCGCAUCAACGGGAUCAUCAAAGAGCAGUUCAAGGAGCUGAGUUACCUGUACUUGAUCUUCCAAAUCUCCCGUAUGCUCUUGCACUUCCUCUGUCUGCCUUUCCUCACCAAGCAUACCUACACUCUUUACAAGGACCCCAAGAUCUUAAGUAAAACAGGCCGCCGCAGGCAUUCCUCCAUCAGUAUGGUCGAUUCGUGGCCCCCUGUUGGGAUGGGAACGUUGUACCGCAAGUUGAACUGA